AUGCGCAAGAAGCUGGCGCCCGUGUCCGAGUACAUGGAAGGCCGCAAGUUCGGCGGCGUAGGUCGCAAGAAGUAUCUCGAGGACAAGGCCAUCCGCGAGGAGAAGCGCGCGCGACACAACCAGCGCAAGAUGCACGACAAGCGCCACAUCAACAGCUCGACGCUGCGUCGCGAGCGCAUCGCAAAGCUCGAGUCGCUGCUGCAGCAGGGCAAGGAAGACCCCAGCAACCUGCUGCCCAUGAUCGCCGACGGUGUGGCUGGAGAAGACGCGGAGCAGGCGAAGGAGGAGAAGGCGGCGGCCGAGAAGAAAGAGGCGAGCGCGCUGCUGGGCUUCCGCUCGUGCUACACGUGCAAGAGCCGCUUCGACAAGAUUCAUCACUUCUACGACCAGCUCUGCCCGCGUUGCGCCGAGCUCAACUUCACCAAGCGCUUCCAGUCGGCGGACUUGCGUGGCAAGGUCGCGCUUAUCACCGGCGCUCGUGUGAAGAUCGGAUUCCAGGCUGCUGUGAAGCUGCUGCUGGCGGGAGCCGCGGUCAUUGCCACUACUCGCUUCCCGAAGGACGCAGCCGAGCGCUUUGCGAAGCACCCGGAGUACGAGACGUUCAAGGACCGACUGCAGAUUUUCGGCAUUGACUUCCGUGACCUGGUGCACUUGGAGCAGUUCUGCGACUUCGUUAUCAGCCGCUACUCUCGCCUGGAUAUGAUCGUCCACAACGCGUGCCAGACUGUGCGCCGCCCGCCCACCUAUUACAAGCCACUUGUGGACAAGGAGACCAAGGCGCUGGAGGCGAGCACCAAGGAGGUUCAGAUGCUGAUGAACCACCAGCAGGAGUUCGAGUCGCACGUCAAGUCGCUGGCGCUCCCUGCUUCGUCCGACGCCAAGGCUGUCAACGCAGGCGGCAGCGUUGUCAUGUCGUCUGCGUUGAAGUCGCAGGUGCCGAUGAUCGCCGGCGAAGACCACCCUGACGACCAUGCUGAGGCAUUCCCUGAGGGCAUGGUGGACGUGAACGGACAGCAGGUGGAUCUUCGCUCGCGCAACUCGUGGUUGCUGCGCAUGGGCGAGGUUGCCACCCCGGAGGUGGCAGAGGUUUUCGCCAUCAACACUCUGGCGCCGUUCAUCAUGAAUAAUCGCCUGGUGCCGCUGCUGGAGAAGAGCGGCGUGACGGAGAAGAAGUUCAUCGUCAACGUGAGCGCCAUGGAGGGCAAGUUCUACCGCUACAAGACGCCGAACCACCCGCACACCAACAUGGCCAAGGCCGCGCUCAACAUGAUGACUCGCACCUGCGCCGAGGACCUGAGCAAGCGCCGCAUCUACAUGAACUCGGUCGACACGGGCUGGAUCAACGACGAGAACCCGCUGGUCAAGGCGCACGCGCACGCCCAGGCGCACAACUUCCAGACGCCCAUCGACGAGAUCGACGCCGCCGCGCGUGUGCUGGACCCGAUUUUCGUCGGCUACAACUCGGACGAGACCAUCUUCGGCAAGUUCCUCAAGGACUUCCACGAGACCGAGUGGUAG